AUGUAUAUCAUUGUUAAAAAGUAUUUCUGUAUUACACUUUUGCGCUUUAUGCGCUGCAAGAAAAGGCUGUGAAUUUUAUAGCAGACUAAUUUCGAGGAGCAGAACACCCGACAAAAAGCCAGUCGUUUAAUGAAAACCGAAAACAAUGGUGAAUUUUUCCAAGAGGAUUAAGACGAACGCUAAAUUAAAAGCAGGGAAUGUUGCACACUGUAAAACAUGAGGAGAAGAUGGUUUUCUUAUCUAGUGCAUAUGUUACGUAGGAGACGUUACAACUUUCAACAACUAGUACCAGUUGAGAAGACCCGUAUAAUUGGAAUAUGCGUCAGUACAAAUUAAAGUGCGGUGAUGGAUCAAAAGAUCAACGUAUUGAAGCCGAGGAAAAGUAUAGAAGAGGCUGGCAAAUGAUGGAAGUUGCAUACAAGGUUAUAAAAGAAAAUCGAAUUGGAAAAUUUUACCUCGUGAGCAUGGCUCGCUCAAAUUUCAGUUUUAAAUGGCAACACCGCAUGCUACAUUAGACACCACGAAGUGAUGGAGGUCUACGUGAUUACUGGCAUCUCUGUUGAUAGAAUUAGAACCGAAACGGCCAAAUGAGGCAUUCAUACGCAAAAAUAGAAAAUGCAGCGCUUGUCGGCAAAAGGAAGUAUUCGCUUUCAAUCUUUCUACACCUCUCAUCUUUCCUACUUUGGAGAACAUAAUAGGCUCAUCUGAUGGCAACUUGUAUGCAUCGAACAUUUGAGUGCUGUGUUACUUCUGCCGUAGCGCAUUCUGUACGUCUGAUAGCUGUUUGUACCAACGAAUUCUUGGCUAAAAGCGAAUACUCAGUUGGACAUUUCACGUUAUUUAUCAAAUAAGAAAAUUAUCGAAGUAUUUUAAUUAAUUUGGUAUUAAUAUUUUUUGUUAUGGACGUAUUGAAUCUC